AUGACAUCUGGUUCCACCAUCGCUAAACCAAGCAUGAGGGUCCUCGUCUGCCCCUCAGGUUUCAAGGGCAGUCUUCAGCCGAGUCAGGCGGCUGAUUGCAUUGAAGCUGGUAUCUUGGCUGUUGAACCUCUCGCCUCGGUCCGCAAGGUCCCACUGGUCGAUGGCGGCGAGGGAUUCACUCAGGCAAUCGUCUCUGCGACCGGAGGCUCAAUCCAUCACAUUCCCGUGACUGGGCCUGUAGGAGAGAUCAUCAUGUCAUUCUUUGGCAUCCUCGGUCGAAGCAGCAAGGACGAGCCAGUCACUGCAGUGCUUGAAAUGGCGGCUGCUGCUGGUCUGAGCCUAGUCCCAUCAAGCUGCCGUAACCCCGGAAAGACUACGACAUUUGGUGUUGGCCAGCUUAUCCUUGCUGCGCUAGACGCUGGAGCCACCCGCAUUCUUGUUGGAUGUGGUGACUCUGGUACUUGCGACGGCGGCGCAGGGAUGCUUCAGGCCCUUGGCGCAAAGUUGUUUGACACUAACGGGUGUCUCCUCUCAAUCGCUCAAGGUGGCGAAUCUCUUUUGGCCCUUGACUCAAUUGAUCUAUCCGAGGUAGAUAGUCGCGUGUUCAAAGCUAAAAUCGACGUUGCCGUAAAUUGGCACAACGUUCUCUGCGGACCUGAGGGGGUGGCAAAUGUGUUUGGACCCCAGAAAGGAUCUACUCCCGAACAAGCCGCUCGCCUUAGCCUUGCCAUGGAAAGAUUGGCAGAGGUUACUACUGGAGUCCUUUGCGAUAAGGACGUACGAUUGGCUCCAGGAGGUGGCGCUUCAGGGGGGCUUGGAACGGGAUUGCGUUUGGUCGGGGCUACUCUGAAGCCCAGAUACGAGAUUGUCAUGCAGUACAUCAACGUGCAUAGCAUCUUCAACGACUGUGAUCUUGUCAUCACCGCAGAAGGAGGUAUAGAUGAUCAAACACCCAGAGGUAAAAUCCCCGCCGAAGUCGCGAGGCUUGCCAAGAAGCAUGGACUGCCAGUCAUUGCCAUCGCUGGGACGAUUGGCCAGGGAGCUAGAGUGAAUUAUGACAUCGGUAUUGACGCCUUUACUUGUAUUAUUCAGAGACCCAUGUCUCUAGAUGAUGCGGUCCAAGAAGCGGAGAAGCUGACCCGGGAGAGUGCGGAGACGGUGAUGAGGAUUGUGGUGGUUGGGAGGAUGCUGGGGAAAGGCAUCUGA